ACAAAUAAAAUAAAUAAUUAUUGGAUGAUGAAAAUAAUACAGUGGAUGAGUUUCACAACGUAUUUAACAUCACACAACAACUAGUUAGUAACAACUGAAUGCAUAGAAAAUUUCACAUUAAUUCUGCCCAAUUUGCGAAGAAAAUUAUUUACUAGUUCUAAGCAUAUACUGCUAAUUCGAUAAGCAUAAGAUAGUCACAAUCCCACAAAUGUAAAGCAAUUUAUAGGCCUAACUAGGAUAAGAAUUAUCUUUGGCAAUUCAUAAUUGCAAAAUGUAAAGUGCAGUUUAAUGAUGAUUGAUGAUUGAAAGCAAGAAACAGCACACUAACACACAGUAUCUUUCUUUGUUCCAAAAUACUAAUUGAAAGCCAUUAAGAUAAGCACCCUAUUCAAAAUAAAAAACAAAGAUUAGUGGGUGGUUCUUGCACUCAGCAAUUCCUAGGUUGAAUCUGUUUUAUGUAAAACUAAAUUAUAUUAAAAGUUGUACCAAUUCCCAUAAAUCAUGGAUCAAGAAAUAUUGUUGACUGUUUUAAAAAAACAGUGCUAUAAAAGCUUGUCUAGGCCUUAAAGGGAGGAAUAUGAGAAAGGGAAGCAACAACAAAUCCAUAUUUUUAUUCUUCUUUUUAGUGUCUUAGCAACACUUUCUCAAAGUGUGUGCAUGACCUGAUCUGAUUUCACCGACCUGAAAAUUUUCUGAAAUCUAUGGAUUUUAUGCAUAUAGUAUGUCCAUUUUCAUGUCUUAUUUUACAAAAUUUAAGCUUCAUGCCUACUUAAUAACACUUACUAAACACACUUAUAAUCAUCACUUUUAUUAUUUGUUACUCCCUUCAUCCCCAAAUAACUUCUUUUAUUAUCAAAAUUUGUAUAUUAAGAUAGUUGAAAUGAGAUAUUCAUAAAGAAUGUUUAUUUUCAAAUAGGACACUUAUUCGAAGACAUAUGAAGUGCUUGUGAUUUUUGAAUCUUGAUAAGCUUCUUGUAUGUAAGGUAAAACAACAAUAAAUAUUGCAAUCAAUAUACCCCUCUAAAAUAACCUUUCUUCCUACCUCAGAAUCACCUAAAGAUGACAUUUUUUUUCGAUUCCCAUAAUCUCGUCCUUGGGUUCAAGACUUGAAGUGAUGUUUCACAAAAGAAACACACAACUACAAGCACAAAAACAGCAUUAUAGGAUAGGCCAAUGGCAUCAAAUAUCAUUUGCAGUAAAGAAAUUUGACUGCUCGACCACCCAAAUUCACUACAUACGUGGCGCAAAUGGUUUCAAUAUGCAAAAACAAUCAAUGCCUAAUUGCAAAGGGCAAUGACCCACCAAAUUCAGCUACAAGACAGAUAGCAGUUUAUAUAUAACAGCAGCCUCUGCAACAGCCACCUAUCUUGUUACUAAUAAAUUUGAGCUGCCUACGUAUCUCUCUCUCUCUCUCCUAUUAUUUGAUCAUCAUCAUCUCAUUCCCCAAUUCUCCACCACCCUCUUUUAUCACCUCACUCUUCUGCUUCACUCAAACCUUCUAAAAACCUCUUAUUUUUUUAACAAUUUUUUUUUCAUAAAUUCUUGCUCAAUGUGCUGUUUUUUUUAAUUGCAGUGUUCUUUCUUGCAGAAAUUCAGCAAAUUUAGGUACAUUUUGCUGAAUUUUUGGACUUUUCCCUCAGUUUCAAUCACUCUACUUGGGUUUAGCAGAAAAGCAACAAAAAAUCUGAAAUUGAGUUGUUAAAUCGCGAAAAUGAGGAAGAUACCUUCUUUAGGAGCAAGAGUAACAAUGGCGAUGGCGGAAUUCAACUCACACUUAUCCCCACCGCCACCUUUGGGCGCCUCUAAGGUAGCGGCAGCGCCUGAAUCGCCUCCGACGAGGUGCGACGCCCAAAAAUGCCCCUGGUGGCCCUACUCCAGCUCCAAGGAUUUCAAGGCAAACACGGCCUUGAUAAUCGUCGUCCUUAUCUGCGCGCUGAUCUGCGCUCUGGCGUUCAACUCCGCCAUUCGCUACAUCGUUCGCCUGCAUUGCAGCCGGAGGCGCCGCGAGGACCGAAAGGGCGGGCGCCACGGCGAUGGAGAUGAGGAAGCGGCCGGAAUUCCAGCUCUGACUUACGCGGAAGGGAUGAAGCUGGCCGGGGAGGAGACGGAGUGCAUAAUAUGUUUGACGGAUUUCGCCGUGGGAGAGAAGAUCAGAGUUCUGGAUAAAUGCAACCAUGGCUUCCACCUCCUCUGCAUUCAGAAAUGGUUGAUUUCGCACUCCUCCUGCCCUACUUGCAGAACGAAUUGCUCAACGGCGACGGUAUCCGCCCCUUCGCCUCCAUGAAAAUCAGCUCUCUCUCUGCUUUUGUUCCAAUCGCACAUUGUGCAAAUCGAGCUACUCCCAUGGAAAGUUUCAAUUCACAGUUUUUGGUAUGAAAAUAUUUCCCCCUUUUUUUCUUUUUUGUUUUUUGGGCCAGUUUGUACUUGUAGCAUGUAGACUCUUGCUGGUUUAUAAUUUUAAUUUUGUUUUAGUGCUAGUUUGUUUCAAGUAGAGUAAUAAAAGGAUAAUAGAAUCAAAUAAAAGAGUGGAAUGAUAACAAUAAUCAUUAUUUUUA